CCGAUGUGGGGGUGUAUCUUUUCCGCAAAUAUGCCCUUCUCUCUACUCGUAUCUUGGAAUAAAAUCAAAUAAAAACCUACCGAAGAACAGUUCCAACUUUGAUGCAACCUGGGUAAGCUUUUGCAAAUUAUUGGUGCAAUGAGGUGAAGUGAAUGAUUACCAGGAAUAAGUAAAAUCGAUUGGAUAGGCAGUAGCCUCGCGAAGGAGGUCAGCCUUGCAUUCUAGCUCCGACAAUCUAUUCGAACGACAAGUACCUAUCAAAGAAUAUUCCACGAGCCGUAUCAACGAAUGCGCCGACCACAAUAAUUAUUUGUACAGAUGUUAGCAUCUCAACUGCCUUCCGGUUUAUUCUCCAUAUGCUUUGCAGCUACAUCCUUCCAGCUAUAGGUACCCAUUGUUCUACCACCAGUCCCAGUAAAUCCAUCAUUACAUAAAAGUCGACGUCCAACCCCCUCUUCCACAAAAGCUCCAAAAUUCAUUCGGUCGAUAUGGCGGACCCUAAGUUAGUAUGGAACCCGGACAACGUUCGCGAUGUUGCGGAAUCUGUCGGCAUCUCACAAUUGGGCGAAGAAGCAGUGAGGGCAUUGUCGCAAGAAGUUGAAUACAGAGUCGGCCAGGUCAUUGUCGAAGCAAUGCGAUUUAUGCAUCAAGGAAAAAGAACAGUAUUGGGCACACAGGAUAUUUCACAAGCGCUCAAAGUAUUGGACGUCGAGCCCCUUUAUGGUUACGAAUCUACAAGACCAUUGAGAUUUGGAGAGGCAAGCUUAGGUCCUGGCCAACCGCUCUUUUAUAUUGAGGAUGAGGAAGUAGAUUUUGAGAAACUGAUUAAUGCGCCUUUACCAAAGGUUCCCAGAGAUAUGUCAUUUACUGCACAUUGGCUUGCGGUUGAAGGCGUUCAACCAUCAAUUCCACAAAAUCCCACAACAGCAGAAGCUCGUGCAAAUGACCUCGUGCCUAAAGGUCCUGGUGCGAAUCCGAACCUUGGAGCUCUGGCUGGUAACGAUAAUGUUUCGGUCAAGCCUUUAGUCAAACAUAUUGUGUCGAAAGAAUUAAUACUUUUCUUCGACAAAAUACGCGAAGCUAUUCUUGAUGAUGACGACGAUCCAGAAGUCGUAACGUUACGAGAAUCCGCGUUGGAAAGUGUGAAAUCGGAUCCAGGUCUUCAACAACUGGUACCAUAUUUUGUUCAUUUCAUUGCCGAGAAGGUCACUCAUUCUUUGAGCAAUCUUUUCGUGUUACAAACAAUGUUGAAAUUGGCUCAUGCCCUUAUAUCAAACACAACCCUAUUUGUCAAUCCUUACAUAUCAAGUCUUUGCCCACCCAUUCUUACAUGUCUCGUCGGCCGUAAACUUGGCACCGGGACUCCAGAGGAGUUGAAAGAAAAAUAUCAAUUGCGAGACACAGCCGCAUCUCUCAUUGGAAUCAUCUCCAAAAAUUACACGGAAUCAAAUGCACAGCUUAGAGCGAGGUUAGCAAGAUCGUGUCUAAAAUUCUUCCUAGAUCCAACACGCUCUCCAGGAGAAUAUUAUGGAGCUAUCAGUGGGCUUUUAGCAAUUGGUGGCCCCGACGGUGUCAGAGCUCUUAUUCUACCAAACUUGGGUGCAUUCGAUUAUGUGCUGAACAAGUUGAGAACUGACAGGACUGGUGAUGAUAAGGAGAUACAGAUGUUAGUCGCGGUAAUCAUGAAAGCGGUGAUGAGCCUCUCUGAAAAAACUGAAACACUUACGAAUGGUACAAAUGGUACAAAUGGAAUGAAUGGGAUGAUGGAUUUAGAUGACGACGAAGGAAAACAGCUUGAAGAGUUUCUAGGACCUACUAUCGGGAAAAGGGUACGGAAUGCGGGGGAUCAUAAAUUGAACAAGGCAAUUUUGGAAGCGAGAGAAAAGAACUAAAGACGUUGUAAUAUACCUAAGUAUGGAGCUGCAUUUCGCAUCAUCGGCGUUUUAGGGUGUGUCUGGAAGGCAUGAACUGGGCUGGGAAUCGAUAUACAAGUGGAUACAUUCACUUCAAUAAGUAGUUUAUCAUAUGAGUUCUUGCAUUUGAAAAAAAUUGUAUUUGAAUUGGGGAACAACAAUUUGCGGGGAAUCGAAUAGUCUGAACUGC